UGUGCACUACAGGUGUUGGAUGGUGAAGGGGAGGAGAUGGGGAUGGGGACUGUCCUCAGUCCUCUUUUGGAGUGUCUAAACCGGAAUCCCAAUAUGGUGGUCACUAUGUUGGUGAUGGACUUUGAGUCGGAUCACUGUUUCUCAACAGGACCACAGAGUCUGGAGAUUGUUUCUCAGAACAGAUGCUACAGAGCAAACUGGGGAUGAGGAAUCGGGACUUGGAGGAGGUGCUCGUGUAUCUGCAGCUCUACAAAAACAUCUCAGUGGUUUUUCUGGCCAGCUGGAAGGACGUGACUGACCAUGUGUGUGCUGUAACCAAGGCUCUGUCAAAACGCCCCUUCAAACUCCUGACUGAGGCAUCAGAGCUGCCGUUCUGCGUGGAUGGCUCAUGGGCCAGUGGGGCCCGGGUGGAGAGGGACGGCUCCGGCCUGAGGGACGUCUGGAACAGGCAGAUCCAGCAGCUGAACAGAGUUAGCCCAGCAGUGGCUUCUGCUGUGGCAGAGUCUUUUCCAUCUCCUCAGCUCCUGCUGCAGGUAACCUGUAGCUGAAAAUAAGAGUGGAUUCUGCAGAAAGCUCAAGGGGGUCAUAAUAGUUUUUGUUUUUGCAUGUACUGACUUAAGGCGUACCAGAACUGGGGAUCGGAGGUGGAGAAGAAGGGAAUGCUUGCUGGUCUCUCAGUGAAAACAGAAGGCAAAGAAAGAAGGAUUGGACCAGACAUUUCAGCCAGAAUCUACCGCUGCCUGACAGCAGAGAACCCUCAGCUGGUCCUGGACUGAUCUGCCUAACUUCAGAAAAAAAACACUAUCAUGGCAUUUAUGACUUAAAGUUAAAUGUUAACAAUUUAACUGCAAUUAUGCGUGUAAAUAAAGCUAAUAAAGUUUAUUUUUAUAAAGCAAA